AUGAAACCGAAACUCAAAGUCCUCUGCCUCCACGGCCGCGGAACAAGCGGUGUCAUCUUCAAGUCUCAGACCGCCUCCAUCCGCUCCCGCCUCACAGACCUCAACCUCUCCUUCGACUUCGUGGACGGCCCGUACCCCGCCGCCCCAGCACCAGGAAUCGACCUCUUCUACACACCACCCUACUACACAUUCUAUCCAGAAAGCGCCCAGCCCACAACCAUCGAGACGAUCCGCUCAACGCAGAAAUGGCUAGCGGGUAUUAUUGCGGAACGAGGACCAUACGAUCUCGUCAUGACAUUCUCGCAGGGUGCCAGCGUCGUAGCAGAGACGCUAUUAAUGCAUGAGUAUGACUACGCCCAGUCCCAGCAAGACUCCUUAGAUGGGGAAAGCAACAGCCCGCCCUUCAAAGCAGCAAUCUUCAUCUGCGGCGGCGCACCGCUCACCCUAAUGUCCCACAUCGGGUACACCAUCCCCGAGAUCACGAAAGCACGAGACCUUGCGAGCCGCGCUACGCUGGCGCAGAUGGCUAGUUCCGAGGCGAUUCUCUCAAAGGGCUCCGCGCGGUGGUCCGCAAAUUCACACUUGCCAAACCUAGACAUGAACCCAGGCCUCGGCCUCGGCCACAGCCUCUUCAACUUAAACCCCUACCCUUCACCCACCAGCGACAUGGACGACAACAACAUCAACACGCUGCAGCUGACAUUCAACAAGGAAGACGAGAUCCGCCGCGAGAUCUCCGGUCCGCAUGCGUACCCGAGUCCUAGUCCUACCGCCGAUACCAACCAAGCCCUGACCGCCGGUCUUCCGCGCCGAUCCAGCGACGGGAAUGGAAAUGGGAAUGUGAAGAUCACCAUCCCGACCGUGCACAUCUACGGCGAGCGUGACCCGCGCUAUAUUGCGGGGAUCCAGCUCAGCGAGGUGUGCGAGAAGAGCAGUCGCAAGGUGUAUAAUCAUGGCGGGGGGCAUGAGAUACCGCGCUUUGAGGCGGUUAGCGGGGCGAUGGCGGAUCUGGUGAGGUGGGCUGUUAGGGCUGCGGAGAGACGGCGUGAGACUGAGGACUGGUACGGCUGA